AUGCAAGGGAGGAGCUCCUGACCCAAGUUGAAAUCCAAGGGAGCAUCAACAAAAUCAACAGUAAGUGAUGUCAUUUUGUGAAGGAAGUGCGAGGUGAUAGACUUUUGUUCCCUCAAGUCCCCUGAAGUUGUGUGGCAUCCUUUUCCUCUUUCUGCCUUCUGCUUUUGACAUUGUUUUUGUGGACGACUUUCGUGCAAGUCCAUUCAUGAGGCUUGGGGGGCUUCUCAUGGUUUGAAACCCCCCCAACUCCCAUGGGAUGAAAUCUGUGACCUUGUCCACUGUAGCUACUACGCAACUAUUUGGCCCCUUUUGUUGUGCCGGAAGGCUGAGACACGCCACCUGCCCCUUUCCAUCAAGGAUCAUUCAUCUCUGAUGUGGUCUAGGUAUUGUAGACCUCUCCGUGGUCAGGGUAAGUGGUGAUUGGCUAGGCUGGUGCUGCCCGGAAGAGUAGUGAUCGUUAAACCCCCAAUCCCUGAGCGAUUCAAGGGGAAAUACCAGCAAGUACAUAAAGUGUGAUUCUGACUGCCAUCUGACUGCCUCCUUGUCCUCCAGGGCUCGCUGCUGUCGAUGAGAUCAAUGCUGUGAUUCGGGAAGGUCAUCCCAGUAACACCGUGAUGGCACUCAUGAAACCUGAGGCCCAGCUCCCGACCGUCCAUCCCUUUGCUGCUGUUCUGUAUCAGGAUGAACUGUUCAACCUUCAGGAACAGAGCUCUUUGAACUACUUGGCCCCUGAGGAGCUGUCCACGACAGUAGAGAAGGUGUCAGCCGUUGCUCUGCUUAACCAGGCGUUGGAAACCAAAGAUCUUGAGUUGACCCAGGAUCGUCUCAGAAAUCCCUCAAUUGACUUCAAUAACCUGGAUGAAGCACACUUGGAACGGUACGCUAGCAGGCUCAUGUCCAUCAAAAGAGAAGCCUCAUCUCAAGGACAGGAUAACCUGAGGCCGGACGAAAUGCAGAAUCAAAUCGAUAGGGUCAAUGAGGAAAUUCAAGAAGCUGAAAUUCAAGCAGAAGAAAGUAAGUGCAGUCAGUUUGGUUUUGCAGAAUGCUUGCGAAUGUCUGUCUUCUGGAUAAUUCGAGGCUUGACCUUUAGCCAAUGGUUUCCUCAAUUUUUAACUCCAGUCCUAUUUGGGGUGCGGGGAACUUGUCCUAAUGUGUCUUAUUACAUGAUUUUUGUCUUAGUUCAUGGAAAGUGAAUCAAUACAAAUAUUGGUUGCCAGGCAGCAGAGCGGUAAGGGCUGGGCAAGUGGAGUUCCAUGACUUUCGCAAGGUUAGGAAAAGGUAGGAAAGUAUGUGAUGCCGGAUCUGAAUCCAGGGCUUCUCAAGUCCAGGUUCCUCACUCUUAUCCACAGCCACUGACCUUCCCCUCUAGAUGAUAUCGAAAGGUGACUUUUUCAUGGCAAUGACUAUAACUGCAUCCUCUUGGCCGUGGCGCUCUGUUCAUCAUUUUGAUCACAGAUAAUGAUAGAAAUGUAAAGGAUGCGGGAUAUUGGACUAAAGUCUUCCUCGGCUGAGGAAACAUUCUGGAAUAAUGAGGAAAUAUCUGAUGUGUGGCUCAGUGCGUAAAGUGCUGACUGCAUAGUGAGGAAGGCUGGAGUUCAAGUCAUGUCUCAGCUACUGCCUCGUGAUAUGCCCCUGGGCCAAUGAUUGAGCCUCUGGCCGAGGUUCCUCCACGCCAAUAUGGGGGAAAUAAUAGUAGCUACCUCUCAGGGUUGUGGUCAGGAUGAAAGGGAGAUGAUAUUUAUGCAGCACCGAGCAGCACAGUGC